UGCAUAUACACCAAUUCACCGGUUUGUGUUGUUUGAAGCACCAGCGAAGUUUCAAUGCUGAGAGAAACGAAGAGACAAAAACAAAGAGCUGUGUGUGUCUGCGUAUGUGUGCGGAGAUUAUAAAGCCAGAUUUUGAUAUAUAACUGCUUGUUGCACUGCUCACCUGUGACACAUCAACUUUCUUGCAUCUGUGAGUUAAUGCUUCUUGGUUUCUAAGAAUGGACUAUGAUUAUUAUAACAGCAGUGAAAGAAGUAGACGCAAUAAAGACGAUGAUGACCAUCAGUCUGUUUACACUGGUGUUCCAAUGCCCAGAGGUUACAAAAAGAAGCGGCGCCAACGCAGACACACAUCACGGCAUGACAACAGGAGUCAUGAAAGGCAUCACUGUGAUUGUCAGGAGCAAGUGGAACAUUAUGAUCAAUACAAUGAAGGACAUGAUUCAAAUGAACAGCUGUCAGAUGCACACUUCAACAGGUCACCAGCUGCAGCCAGACUGCGCUGCAUUCUUGGAGAGGAUGAUGACACCACGCCAACACUCUUUACAGAGAUGGAUACAUUGCACCAUGAAGGUGGAGAACUGGAGUGGAAAGAAUCAGCAAGGUGGGUGAAGUUUGAGGAGAAGGUGGAGGAGAGGGGUGAACGAUGGAGCAAGCCCCAUGUUUCCACCCUAUCACUGCACAGUCUGUUUGAGCUACGUACAUGUUUACAGACUGGUAGCAUCCUGUUAGACCUGGAGGGCUACUCUCUGCCUCAAAUAGUUGAUGAAAUAGUGGAAAAACAUGUGCAAAAUGGCCUGAUGGACUCUGAACUCAAAGAGAAGAUCAGUUUCAUCUUGCUGAGAAAGCAUCGACACCAGACAAAGAAGCCCAUCCAUCGCUCGCUGGCUGACAUUGGAAAACAUAGUCCUUCAGUUAAAGACCGGAGUCCAAGUCGUAGCCAUAGCUCCAUGUAUAACUUGCAUCAUUCCACUGAAGACUUGCGAGGUCACCAGUGUGGAAGUCUGGGAAAACUAUAUCAUCAUCAGAGUCGUAGUAUGAAUGACAUCUCAAUUACUCCAAGUUCUGACCAGCUCAAAAACAAAUUUAUGAAGAAAAUUCCUAGAGAUGCUGAGGCAUCUAAUGUGUUGAUUGGAGAGGUGGACUUCCUGGACAAACCUUUUGUGGCCUUCAUCCGUCUUGCUCAAGCCACUACACUGGGGGGGUUAACUGAAGUCCCAGUACCAACAAGGUUUCUCUUCAUUUUGCUUGGCCCUCAAGGCAAAGUCAAGUCCUACACUGAAAUUGGUCGUGCCAUUGCCACCCUCAUGGUUGAUGAGCUAUUCAGCAGUGUAGCCUAUAAGGCCAGACACCGUGAAGACUUAAUUGCAGGACUUGAUGAAUUUUUAAAUGAGGUGACAGUUCUACCACCAGGAGAAUGGGACCCAAAAAUUCGUAUUGAACCACCAAAUAAAGUUCCUUCAGCAGAGAUGAGAAAGUCAGUGUUUUCACUAAAUGAGCUAGGGCAAACUAAUGGAACUGUAGGAGGAGGAGAAACAGCUAAUGAUGAUGAAAAGAUGCCUACUGCUCAUGAGUUGGGAGAAGAACUGGCCUUCACUGGGAGAUUUUGUGGAGGGCUUUGGCUUGACAUCAAACGGAAACUGCCAUGGCUACUGAGUGACUUCUAUGAGGGUUUUCACAUCCAGUCAAUCUCAGCUGUGCUCUUUAUAUACCUGGGAUGCAUCACUAAUGCCAUCACAUUUGGAGGACUCUUAGGAGACGCCACAGACAAUUACCAAGGAGUAAUGGAAAGCUUUCUUGGAACAGCUCUAGCAGGAUUGGUCUUCUGCUUUUUUGCCGGCCAACCCCUCAUUAUCCUGAGUUCCACAGGACCUAUACUGGUCUUUGAAAAGUUGCUGUAUGAGUUUUGCAAGACUAAUGACAUUGACUACAUGGAGCUGCGCUUGUGGAUUGGACUGCACUCCUGCCUUCAGUGUCUCAUCCUGGUGGCCUCAGAUGCAAGCUAUAUUAUAAAGUACAUGACACGUUUCACUGAGGAGGGCUUCUCAAGCCUCAUCUCUUUUAUCUUCAUCUCCGAUGCUAUAAAGAAGAUGAUGGGAGCACUCCAGUACUACCCGAUUAACAUGAACUUCAAGCCUGAUUACAUCACUACAUACAAGUGUGAAUGUCUGCCUCCAGACCAAGGUUCUUCAAUUGUUUUUAAUUCAUCUGCUAUACUUGGUCCAGACAACUAUACUGAUUACUCUUUGUACAACUUCACAGUUCUGGACUGGAGUCAGCUGAGCAAAAAAGAGUGUCUAAAAUAUGGUGGAGCUCUUAUAGGCAAAUCCUGCAAAUAUGUUCCUGACUUGGCUCUGAUGUCCUUCGUCCUGUUUUUUGGCACCUAUUCUAUGACCAUUUCUCUCAAGAAGUUUAAGUCCAGCCGCUACUUCCCCACCAAGUGGCGUACCUUGAGUGCAGAUUUUGCCAUUAUUAUAUCCAUUGUGGUCUUCUGUGCCCUGGAUCACCUGAUGUCUUUGGAAACUCCCAAACUGCAUGUACCCACUCAGAUCAAGCUUCGCAAACUCAUCAGUGAUUUUUCCAUCUUCACAUCAAUCAUGACUUUUGUUGGUCUCGAUAUUUUAUUGGGACUUGAAACACCUAAACUUAUAGUGCCUACAGAGUUUAAGCCCACUCGACCAGAUCGUGGUUGGAUGGUCAAUACUAUUGGGAAGAACCCUUGGUGGAUGUGUCUGGCUAGUUUUGUGCCUGCUCUUCUUGUUACCAUUCUUAUUUUCAUGGAUCAGCAGAUCACUGCUGUUAUUGUCAACCGCAAGGAAAACAAACUUAAGAAAGGAUGUGGCUAUCAUUUGGACAUGUUUUGGGUGGGAAUCCUCAUGGCGGUCUGCUCUUUCCUGUGUUUGCCAUGGUAUGUAGCAGCUACAGUCAUCUCUAUUGCUCACAUAGAUUCCCUUAGGAUGGAGAGUGAGUGCAGUGCUCCAGGCGAGCAGCCACAGUCCUUGGGAGUGCGAGAGCAAAGGUUGACAGGUAUCCUGGUUUUUGUACUCACUGGAGUUUCCAUUUUUCUUGCUCCUAUACUACAGUAUAUUCCCAUGCCAGUACUUUAUGGUGUGUUCCUGUACAUGGGUGUAGCCUCUCUCACUGGCAUUCAGUUUUGGGAGAGGAUUAAGCUUAUCCUGAUGCCUGCCAAGCACCAGCCAGACUUCGUUUACCUCCGCCACGUACCACUGCGCCGGGUGCAUCUUUUCACUCUGGUCCAGAUUACCUGUCUGGCUGUGCUCUGGAUCCUCAAGUCUACUGUGGCAGCUAUUAUUUUCCCUGUCAUGAUUCUGGGUCUAAUGGUGGUGAGAAAGCUACUCGAUCUUGUCUUCUCCCAGCAUGACCUGGCCUGGCUGGAUGACAUCCUACCUGAGAAAGACAAAAAAAAGAAGGAAGAUGAGAAAAAGAAGAAAGAAAGACAGAAGACCAAAAGCACAGAUCAUGACACUGAUGAUGAGUUACAAUGCCCCAGUGAUUGCCUUUCCUCAGUGAAGAUUCAGAAGGAGCCAUCAGAAUGCCCAUCAUCCUCCCCUGACCCUUCUCACAUACACCCUGCUGCAUCUAACUCAUCACCCUGCAUAUGAAGAUCCCCUGCCCUCUAAAUCCCGCUCAGUGUUUUACCAUCAGCAGCGUGAGACUGAAGUGAGAUAAUGCUGUGGUGUAAUAAGAAUGUUUUCUAUGUUUGGGAGAAAAUCUUACUUGAAGGUGGAAAAAGAUUUCUUACCUAUAAUAUUAUGCUUUUAUAGUUUUACAUAGUGUAUCUAAUAAAUAUAGAAUAAUUGUCAUUGUUAGUGAACAUGGCAGUUUUAUUAACAACAAAUACCUAGAUUUCAGCAACUUUUAAUUCACAUAGAAUAUGCAGAUAUCUGCCGAUAACUGCAGAUGUCUAUGCCAGUAAUACAGCAACUAUAUUAAGCAGCCAAUUAUCAAAUAAAACAUACCUUAGGCUUUCGCAUUGAUUAGUCUGUAAUUAUAGAACAGAUCACUGAAACAUCCAUAAAUAAUUUAUUUCUUCAGUAGACCAAAUAUUUAAAUAAAAACUAGCAAAACAUUAUUUCUGAAGAAAACCAUAGAUUGAACUUUGGUUUAAAAUUUGUAUUUGGAGUUUAAUAGGAUUUAAAUUCAACCGAUUUGCUACAAUUCUAGAAAAUUAUUCUAUUAUUAUAUAAUACAAUUUAGUUCUUUACAGCAGUUCCUUUACUUGAAUGAAUGUACUAAUUGUGAAUAUGCCAAUUUAUUGUGUACUGUAAUGUAUGCUAGAAUAAAGAUAUAUAU